UAGACCCACAGUGUAUAAAAGUCUACGGUAUCGAAAAGACGGAGUGUCUGAUUGUGAAACUGCUGUAACUGAAAAUCACCGGUCGGUCGAAUGGAGUUCAAGUUAUUUUUCGCGUGCAUCUUCUUGUACGCCGCAACCGUUUCGCAAAUCAACGGAGUUGAGCAUUAUGAGGGAGGAGCAUACUCAACAGAAGCGCAUUCGGAAUACUAUACGACUCAAAACCAAAAUACUCAAGAAGCAAAUCAUCAGGAGGCGAUGCAUCAAUCGAAAUGCUUGGAUGUUAAGUGUAACGAAAAUGAAGUAUGCCGGAUGAUAAAUGUACAAUGCUUCGCCGAACCUUGCUAUCCAGUCCCGGAAUGUGUACCACUAAAUAAAACGACGGAGACAACCAAAAUCGAAGAAUCAAGAAUUGAUGAGAAAUCGGAGAGUAUGAAUCCUGAGAUGCAUGAAAAUUAUAAAAAUCCUGUGAACCCCAAAGGUCCGGAAAAUCCUACAAUUUUACAAGGUGGUGAAACCUCUUUCGGUGCUUUCUCGAUUCCGACAGAAAGUCCGGUGGGCUCCAAAUAUCCCGCAAGUGCCGUGAAUCCUGGAGGUCCCGAAAUUCCCGCUAACUCUGAAAAGUUAAAUUCGGAGAUUAUGGGAAAUCAUAUGAACUACAUGAAUACCGGUCCAGAAAUUAUCAGCAACUCUGGAAGAUCUGAAAAUGGGAAUAAUUUAGGCGGUACGAACAAAAACCAAAACUACGUGAAUCCUGGCGGUCCUGAAAUUCCGGUUAACUCUGAAAAAUCUGGAAAUGUGAAUAAUGCAGAGACGGCACAAAAAAACCGAGGCUACGUGAAUCCUGGAGGUCCUGAAACGCCUGCAAACUCUGGAAAAGUUGGAAAUGGAAAUAAUUCAGUGAGUACAAACAAAAACCAAAGCUAUGUGAAUCCUGGUGGUCCUGAAAUUCCCGCUAGCUCCGGGAAAUCUGGAAAUGAAAAUAAUUCAGCGGGUGCAAGCAAAAACCAAAGCCACGUAAAUCCUGGUGGUCCUGAAAUUCCUGCAAGCUCUGGAAAAUCUGGAAAUGGAAAUAAUUCAGUGAGUACAAACAAAAACCAAAGCUAUGUGAAUCCUGGUGGUCCUGAAAUUCCCGCUAGCUCCGGGAAAUCUGGAAAUGAAAAUAAUUCAGCGGGUGCAAGCAAAAACCAAAGCCACGUAAAUCCUGGUGGUCCUGAAAUUCCUGCUAACUCCGGGAAAUCUGGAAAUAAAAAUAAUCCAGCGGGUGCAAGCGAAAACCAAAGCCACGUAAAUCCUGGUGGUUCUGAAAGUCCUGCAAGCUCUGGCAAAUCUGGAAAUGGAAAUAAUCCAGCGGGUGCAAACAAAAACCAAAGUCACGUGAAUCAUGGUGGUCCUGAAAAUCCUUCUAAUUCUGCAAAAUCUGAAAAUAAAAAUAAUUCAGCGGGUACAAACAAAAACCAAAGCUACGUAAAUCCUGGUGGUCCUGAAAUUCCUGCUAGUUCCGGAAAGUCUGGAAAUGGGAAAAAUUCAGUAGGUACAAGCAAAAACCAAAGCUACGUAAAUCCUGGUGGUCCUGAAAUUCCUGCUAGUUCCGGAAAGUCUGGAAAUGGGAAAAAUUCAGAAGGUACAAGCAAAAACCAAAGCUACGUGAAUCCUGGAGGUCCUGAAAUUCCUGCUAGUUCCGGUAAAUCUGGAAGUGGAAAUAAUUCAGUGGGUAAAAACAAAAACCAAAGCCACGCAAAUCCUGGUGGUCCUGAAAUUCCCGCUGGCUCCGGAAAAUCCGGAAGUAAAAAUAAUUCAGUGAGCGCACAAAAAAACCAAAGUUACGCUAACGCGGAAAGUUCUGACACUAUCGAUGACUUUGAAAAUUCAAGUAAUGAAUCAAAUUCCGAGGGUGCACACGAAUACGAAGGUUACGAAAAUCUUGAGGAUCUUGAAACUCCCGCUGAAUCUGAAAACUCCAAGAACGCAACAAAUCUAAAGGGUGCAAACAAAAGCGAAAGCUACGAAAAUUCUGGAGGAUCUGAAAGUCCCGCUGACUCUGAAAACGACGACAACGAAACAAAUCUGGAGGGUGCCAAGAAAAACGAAACCUACGUGAAUCCUGGAGGUCUUGAAAUUCCCGCGGACUCUGAAAACUGUCAUAAUGCAACAACUUCAGAGGAUGACGACAAAAACGAUAGCUCCGCGAAUCCUGGAGGUCCUGAAAUUCCCGCUGACUUUGGUAACCCCAAUACUGGAAAAAAUCCUGUAAAGGGUGCGAGAAAAACGAAAGCUAUGUAAAACCUGGAAAUCCUAAAAUUCCCGCUAAAUCUGGAAAAUCUAAAAAUGUGAAUCAAAAGGGUAAUUUGGUACCUCAAGUAAAUAAAUUUCCCUACACUACUUGACAUGAGGAUAUUAGAAACGGUUAAACAUUGGGCUAUCGUAAGAUAUCGAUGCGUACAACCAAAACUGACCCCAGACUGAUUCAACAUUGAUUUUUAUUUAAGCUGUGUUCGGAAAUCCAUUGUUUGUCACCAGGUUUGAGUUUAAAGGUUAAUCAGUGUCAGUCUCGAGUACUGGCCUGGCUUAGUACUCGCGUAUAAAUUGUUUCAGUUUUAACACUCGCUAUUCAUGUCUAGCUUCACUGCCAGAUGUAAUUCGUGCAUGCCAUACACAUAAUGGUCUUCAGCCGUGUUCAUGCAUCAUCAAUAACUCUCAUAGUAAUGCGCUUUUUGUUCAAGUGAGUUUAUAUGUUUUCUUGAAAUCGAACACGCGUAAAAAACAGUUGCUUUUUACACCAAUUUGGUACGUUUACCACAUGUUGGUAAUUCAUGGUACGUUUCAUAAUUCUGCUAGGCAACAUUCAUAGACGGAUAUUGAUACAGACUACGUGUUUGACGGUCAAUAUUUGCCUGUUAUUGGUAGCGAGAAUUGGUCUGAUCUUGAAAAAGCAGCAUUGGAUCGGUCUUGUUAUUACGGAGACCUACGAAGUAUAGCCCAAUUUCAUGAGUCGGACUUGUUCCAGUACUGAGACCAAGACUAGAUCAAUUAUAAAAUCCCACCUAACAUGCUCAUACUUAAUUGCACCGUAACAGUUAGCUACUAUUAGAAGUGCUUAGUACGUAAGAACUGUAUUGAAUAAAUCCAGUAUACACAA